AUGAGGAUGGCUGGGACGGCAUCACUGCGGCCCUCGCGCCGUACCUCUGGGGGGCCGCCCGCUACGGCGGGCCGCUCCUGGAGGCGCGGCGGGAGUGGCAGGCUGCCGGCCCACACAACGGCGCGGGGAGAGCUAAGGCAGCGUCUGGCCGGCGCCUGGUGGCACCCCGGCGCGCUGCGCCCUGCACCGCCCCGGGAUCCCCUGAUGGAGUGUGGCCUCCCCGCCGGCGACGGCUGGUGGGACGUGCUGCGGCUGCUGGCCGGGGCCAAGCGGCAUCUGGACUGCCUGCACGAGCAGGUACGGCAGGCUGAGGAGGAGCAAGCAGGUUUCGUUAGAACUCUGCUAGUUUGCGGCUGCCUGCUGCUGCUCCUGGCGAUGUUGGCGGCCCUGGCUGCCGUGGCCUCCAGCCCACCGUCCCGCCGGGAAGGAGGUGAAGAAACAGGCCUGAACGUGACACCACCUGAUAAGGGGGGCGAUGAAAAAAAGCAAGAAGAAACACACCUGGAGGAGGUGAAGGAGUGUGUCCAGGAAGGACCACGUGACACGGAGACACCCGCGGCGACGGGGAAGGAGGCGGGUGAGGAAAGGAUGACAGAAGUAGGAAAUGAAGGAGAGGAGCACCCGAGUGACGGGUGUGUGGAGAAGAUGGGAGAAGAGACGGAGACAGAAGGCGAAGAAGGGUUGGAAAAUGAAGAAGACUUGGAAAAAGGAGAUACAGAAACCAAAGAAGACUUGCUAACUGAAGAAGAGACAGAAAAGGAAGAAGAGAUGGAAAACAAGGAAGAGGUGGAAAGGGAAAAUGACGAGAAUAAGGAAGAUGAAGUAGACAAUGCAAACGAGGAGAAUAAAAAUGAAGUACAUAAGGAAACUGAGGAAGACAUUGAGAAAGAAGACCACAGACAAAAUACAGACAAUGAGAUGGAAGGGAAUGAAAAUGACGGGCAGAAGGAAAAUGAAGAAAAUACUGCGAGGGAAGAAGGAAAUGAAAAUGAAGAACAGGAAGAAAAUGAAGAAAAUAUUGAGAAAGAAGAAAAUAAAAAUGAACACAAAGAAAAUGAAGAAAAUAUUGAGAAAGAAGAAGUAAACGAAAAUGAAGAACAAAAGGAAAAUGAAGAAAAUAUUGAGAAAGAAGAAGAAAACGAAAAUGAAGAACACAAGGAAAAUGAAGAAAAUAUUGAGAAAGAAGAAGAAAACGAAAAUGAAGAACACAAGGAAAAUGAAGAAAAUAUUGAGAAAGAAGAAGAAAAUGAAAAUGAAGAACACAAGGAAAAUGAAGAAAAUAUUGAGAAAGAAGAAGUAAAUGAAAAUGAAGAACACAAGGAAUAUGAAGAAAGUAUUGAGAAAGAAGAAUGUUUCCAAGCCGCGGACAACACGAACACCGUCGAGGCGACAGACGAUACGAGUCAUGCCGCAGAGUCUAGCCCGUCCUCCAAAACUUUAAAACACGUUCAUGCAACCGAACCCCAAACGCAGACCAGUGCCACUCCUCCUGUGCCACGCCAAGCACCUCCUCAGACACCCACCCGUGCCCCUUCGUCUGCUUCACCCUCAACAACGACACCCCCGCCAGCCAACACCGCCUCUUUCCUACCGCCAAUUCCACGCCCGCCGCCCCCCUGGGACUGCCCUCCCAAGUGUUAUGACGGCAGCCGCCGCGCUCUGCACCAGGAACUACUGGACUUUCAUCGGUGGGCUGGCGGCUCAGACGCCGAGUACCAGCGUCGCCUGCGUCCAGUGGAGGACCUGCGGCGUGUGGUGGUCACAAUGUGGCCUCAGGUGCGCGUCGAGGCCACCGGCAGCCUGGCCAACGGCCUCUAUAUGGCGGACAGCGACGUGGAUGCGACACUGCUGGGCCACUGGCCCGCGUCACCCUCUCCACUGCUCGCACUCCGCGACGCCCUCCAGCGGGAGGGCGUGGCGCGGCUCGGCCAGCUCACCGUGCUGGAAAAGACGACGGUUCCACUGGUCAAGUUCGUCCACCAGGCGACGGGCUUGCCCGUGGACGUGUCCUUAGGCAGCGAGGCGGCCGUGCGCGCCGCAGAGCUGGUGCGGGAGUUGUUGCGCCGCUUCCCGGCCCUGGCGCCCAUCUCACUGCUGGUGCGCCACUACCUGCGUGGCCUGGGCCUGGCAGAGGUCUUCACGGGGGGCGUGUCAUCCUACGCCGUCACCCUUAUGGUCACCAGCUUCCUGCAGCUGCAGAUUCCCCCGGACGCCCAGCACGACCUCGGGUGGCUGUUGGUGAGCUUCUUCGCCUUCUACGGCUAUGAGUUUAAUUUCGCCAGCACGGGGAUCAGCGUAGUGGGGCGCGGCCGCUACCUGCGUAAGGAAGACGUGCCCAUCGUGAUGCCGCGCGGCCACCGGCGGGCGGACCUCUGCAUCCAAGACCCGCUCUGUCCCACCAACGACCUGGGGCGGUCCUCCUUCCGUGUCUGGGACGUGCGCAGAGCCUUCCAGCACGCCUACCGAGUGCUGGAAGCCGCCCUUUUCGAGCCAGGCGUGUACGCCUCCCCCUGCUCCCUGCUCGGCCAGCUGCUGGCGCGGCACGCCACGCCCCAGCGAGUCCUGCCAAAGUGGACGCCUCCACCCGUCCCAGCAGCAACAGGAGCCAGCAGGACUGCCUAUGAGCAAAAGACUCUUCCCUUCCCCAUCAC